CAAUAAAAUUUAUGAAUUAUAAUCUCAAAACUUUCGACACCAUCAAAUGGUUACGAAAUCGUUACAAAUCUAGGGUUAAAGAUUAAUACAUUCUCUAUGAAUCAGAACUCAAAGAAUAAAAUAUGAUGAAAGCUGUCUUUAACUCUAUUGAUAGAGAUAAAUCAAGUAUAAAGUAUCUCUUAAAAUUCCUUAGAAUUUCUAGAUAGAUCUGAAUUGUAUGACAUGUUUGUUAAAUAUGGAAUAAACAUCACCAAAUCAAAACUCAAAGAAUUCUUCAAAAGCAUUGAUGAGGAUGAAGAUGGUAAUAGUUAACAAUCAAUACUCUUUAGAUAAAUUAAAUUGGACAGAUUUUAAGCAAGCCCUCCAAAAUCAAGAAGCUUUAAACAGUAUCUUAUAUUACACCAUUUUUUAGUGUUUGUUCAAUUAAUGAAGAAAAUAAGAGAAGACUAUUAAGUAAAUCAAACUGAUCCUUCUUAACCAUUAACCUUUGUUCCUUUGAGUUUCCCUUAAAUGAUACAAUACAUGAAUUAUUGUGUCUUGAGAGAAGAGAUUAUUGAUAAGAUAGAAUCUGAAAAUAUCAACAAUUAUCAAAAACACAAAUAAUGUGUAAAUCUUCUUACUUUAGAGGAUAAUUGCUACAGACACAUCAAGCAGGAUCUUGCAGAUGAUAAUGACUCAGAAGAUGAAAUCAAGAAUGCUUCAAAAGUUGAUCACUCAUAAUUAUUAUAAAUGAAAAGGUUUCAAGAAAGAGAACUCAAAUUCAAAAGAUUAGUAUAAAUUAUAUCCAUGUUUAGGAAAAAGUCAUUGACAUAAGCAAAAGAAAGUUUUAUUCAAAUCAAACCUAAGAUUUAGGUAUUACGGACGACGUAAGAUUGUAAAUAUUUAUAGUCUUAUUAUAGAUCAAAUAUUACAGACAUAAAAGUCAAUCUCUCAUAAGAAAUUAAUAAAACCAGAGAAAAUCUUGAUAAAUUUUUAGCAAUCAUUAAUAAUGAGAAAUUGAUAUUGCAAAAAUCCAGGCAAGCAUCUCGAGUCUCCUCUAGAUAAAGGUCAAGAGAGAAGAAAAAUGGGAUUUUUAAGAAGAACACAAUCCUGGUUGAAGCAGAAAAGGAAUUAUUUAAUGCUUCAGCUCCAUAGUAAAACAAAUUUAAAAGUCUCAAUACCGGUUCUCUAAAUAAACAAAAAGUACUUAUUAUGCAUAAAUUCUAUAAAGUAUCCAAGAGAAAGGAUAUUAUCAUUAAAUAUAAAAUAUAAGUGAAACUACC